UUUGCUUGCUUGUUUUUUAAGCUCUUUUCACUUAUGGAUAUGAAACCUCCCAUCUCUCGAGCCAAGAUGAUUCUUAUCACGAAAGCUGCUAUCAAAGCCAUUAAGCUUUAUAAGCAUGUAGUUCAAAUAGUAGAAAAAUUCAUCAAAAAGUGUAAACCAGAAUACAAAGUUCCAGGAUUAUAUGUAAUCGACUCAAUUGUGCGACAGUCUCGUCAUCAGUUUGGAACUGAUAAAGAUGUUUUUGGGCCAAGAUUCUCUAAAAACAUAACUGCCACAUUCCAAUAUUUAUAUCUUUGUCCAUCUGAAGAUAAGAGUAAAAUAGUUCGUGUGCUGAACCUUUGGCAGAAAAAUGGAGUAUUCAAAAUUGAAAUUAUUCAGCCUCUUUUGGACAUGGCAGCAGGAACCAGUAAUGCUGCCCCAGUGGCAGAAAAUGUUACUAAUAAUGAAGGUUCACCUCCACCUCCAGUUAAAGUUUCUUCUGAACUCCCACAAGCCACUACAAACUCUGUACCAACUGUACCACAGUUGCCUAGCUCUGAUGCUUUUGCUGCUGUGGCCCAACUGUUUCAGUCAACUCAAGGUCAACAGCUUCAGCAGAUCCUUCAGACUUUUCAGCAGCCUCCAAAACCACAGUCUCCUGCCAUUGACAAUGCCGUGAUGGCUCAGGUUCAGGCUAUCACAGCUCAGUUAAAGACAGCUCCUGCACAACCACCUGAACAAAAAGCUGCUUUCCCCCCACCUGAACAAAAAACUGCAUUUGACAAGAAGCUACUUGAUAGAUUUGACUAUGAUGAUGAGCCAGAAGCUAUGGAAGAAUCAAAGAAAGAAGAUGCUGCUGCUACUGCUGCCACCACAACAUCUGCCGUUGUGAUUGUGCCGCCUGCUCCGGCUGCAACGGCACCUGCUGCAGUCACACCUGCUACUUCUCCCCCACAGGCUCCCUUCGGGUUUCCUGGAGAUGCCAUGCAGCAGCCAGCAUAUACCCAACAUCAAAAUAUGGAUCAGUUUCAACCUCGAAUGAUGGCAAUACAGCAGGAUCCAGUGCACCAUCAGGUUCAACUUCCUCCUAAUGGACAAAUGCCAGGAUUUGGCCUUCUUCCUACACCUCCAUUUCCUCCCAUGGCUCAGUCUGUGAUUCCUCCAACUCCACCUGUACAGCAGCCUUUCCAAGCUUCUUUUCAGUCACAAAAUGAACCACUUACGCAGAAGGCACAUCAGGAAAUGGAAGUAGAACAACCUUGUAUUCAAGAAGUUAAGCGGCAUAUCUCUGAUAACAGAAAGUCAAGAUCUAGGUCAGCAUCCAGGUCGCCAAAAAGAAGGCGAUCUCGAUCUGGUUCUAGAUCUCGAAGGUCUCGUCAUCGACGUUCUAGAUCUCGGUCUAGAGAUAGACGCCGACAUUCUCCUAGAUCUCGAUCCCAAGAAAGACGGGAUCGAGAAAAAGAAAGAGAACGCCGACAAAAAGGCCUUCCUCCAAUCAAAUCAGAAACUGCAAGUGUUUGUAGUACUACACUCUGGGUGGGACAGCUGGACAAAAGGACUACUCAGCAGGAUGUUGCCAGUCUCUUAGAAGAAUUUGGUCCAAUUGAAUCAAUUAAUAUGAUUCCUCCCAGAGGUUGUGCCUAUAUUGUUAUGGUUCAUAGGCAAGAUGCAUAUCGUGCCCUGCAGAAACUGAGCCGAGGAAACUAUAAAGUGAACCAGAAAUCCAUAAAGAUUGCCUGGGCCUUAAAUAAAGGAAUAAAGGCAGAUUAUAAACAGUAUUGGGAUGUAGAACUUGGUGUUACUUAUAUUCCAUGGGACAAAGUCAAGCCUGAAGAACUGGAGAGUUUUUGUGAAGGAGGAAUGUUGGAUAGUGAUACACUUAAUCCAGAGUGGAAAGGAAUUCCCAAGAAGCAUGAAAAUGAAGUUGCUCAAAAUGGAGGGGCAGAAACCUCACACACAGAACCAGUAUCACCCAUACCCAAACCUUUACCUGUGCCUGUCCCUCCUAUUCCUGUUCCUGCACCUAUAACAGUACCGCCUCCGCAGGUCCCACCACAUCAGCCAGGUCCUCCAGUAGUCGGUGCUCUCCAGCCACCUGCUUUCACGCCGCCUCUGGGAAUCCCCCCUCCCGGCUUUGGACCUGGUGUUCCUCCUCCUCCUCCUCCUCCAUUUUUGCGUCCAGGAUUCAACCCAAUGCAUUUACCACCAGGUUUUCUUCCUCCUGGACCCCCACCUCCUAUAACUCCACCAGUAUCCAUUCCUCCUCCUCACACUCCACCAAUAAGCAUCCCAAACUCUACUAUCGCUGGUAUAAAUGAAGACACUACAAAAGACUUAUCUAUUGGAAAUCCCAUUCCAACAGUGGUGUCUGGGGCUAGAGGAAACGCCGAGUCUGGUGACAGUGUGAAAAUGUAUGGCUCUGCCGUGCCACCUGCUGCACCCACGAAUCUACCCACCCCUCCUGUAACUCAGCCUGUUUCACUUCUUGGUCUUGAAGACUCAGCCCUUUGUUUCUUAUCACUACUGAAAUGUACAAUUUAAACUUCAUCCAACACGUGAAACAAAACAGAUCAAAAAUUGGUGAGCUUUAAAAAUCAACUUGGUAAGCUAAGCACUGCUAGAAAAUAAAUUUCUUAGUAUUUAAUGUUA